CUUAUAAAGCAGCUGUGUUGAUGCCAGUGGCAGCACCAUUCCUCCAUCAACCUGUCCAGACCCUCAGCUCCUCCAGUCCAGUUUCUCAUCAGAUUGGUUUUGCACACUUCAAUAAAAAAAAGUUGUCAUUCCAUCACAGCUAAGGAAACCAGAAAAGUGCCAAGAUGGCUGAAAAAAAGAUGACAACAAGCCGCAAGCAUCAUCUGAAGAGUGUGAUGCUUGCAAUUGCUGAAAAGCGGAUGGAACAGGAAGCGGCUGAACUUAUAGCUGCAAAGGCAGCAUACAUGAAUGAGAACUGCCCAGAGCUCUCUCUUCCCAGUGGGGUGGAGGAACUACAGAAAUUGUGCAAAGAGCUAUAUUCGAAGAUUGACAAAGUCGACGAGGAGAGAUACGACGCAGCAGGCAAAGUGACAAAGGGAGCAAAAGAGAUUGAAGAGCUGAAGUUCAAGGUUACAGAAUUGAAAGGUGUGAAGAAGCCAGCUCUGAAGAAAGUGCGCUUGUCCGCUGAUCAGAUGCUUCAUGCUCUGCUGGGCUCCAAGCACAAGGUCAGCAUGGACAUGAGAUCCAACCUGAAGCAGGUGAAGAAGGAGGUCAAGGAGGAGCCUGCAGUCGCUGCUGGUGACUGGCGUAAGAAUGUUGAGGACAAGGAGGGCAUGGGUGGCAGGAAGAAGAUGUUUGAGGGAGCUGAGGCGUAAAUUUGAGAGCCUGACGAAAUUGAUAUCUGACACAACAACAUGGACAAAGUGAAUGGCAGGAAGAAGAUGGACUGGGGCCAUUUGUACUUGUGUGACAUGUUGUUAUGUUCCCUUCAUUUUGUAUUUUUUUUUGACAGAAACAAAUACUGUUCAUUUCUCAAAAUGUACUACAUUUAGAUAAAAUAGGCAAGUUACAGUUGCAUACCAUAAUCAUUAAAAAAUAUUUUGUUUUUGCAGACACAGAUUUGUCUCUUGUAGUAUUCAGCUAUAAAGCACAUUUAUUCCACAAGAUGUCGACAGAGAUCUGUCUCUUACCUCCUUGUCCCCCUCUCUUUCUCUCUCUUUCACGUACGCUUACACAGACAGACAGACAGACAGACAGACAGACAGACAGACAGACAGACAGACAGACAGACAGACAGACAGACAGACAGACAGACAGACAGACAGACAGACAGACAGACAGACAGACAGACGCACAAACCAUACACACAAUCUGUUUCGUCAAUCUCUCUCCCUCCCUGUCAUACUUUCUAGCAGUUUUAAUCUGUAACAAAUGUAAGACCAUCUUGUUUAGCUGUAAUAGAUCCCACAGAAGAGUUUUUAUUCAGUAAUGCACGUGUGCAGUGCAAGUGGAAAGUUAACACACUUGAACACAAGCGAGUUGGUGAAAUGGUGAGUUACAUUUUGCUUUAUAUGACAAAAACUAAAUCCUUACAAAGAAUGUAAUUGCUCUGUCUUUAUUUUAAUGAAGAUAUCACACCCCUGUUUAUAUUAAAGGUAUGACGCAUUGAUUCAGUCUGUACAGACAUGUUACAUGUGUGUUUGACCAAACUUGUGGUACUGUGGCUGUCUUCUAACAGGCUCAAAGAGCUUGGGCACGAACAACAGUAGAAAGUCAAAGACAGCCUGAAGGGGGACUGAGGGUGAGCAAAAGGAAGACGGCAACAUGAAGAAAUACUUACCCCUCUGUUUCUAGUCCAUAUUACAGACAUACUGUACUACCAAAAGACCCCACAACCACUACCACUUUGACCUAUAUAGCGUUCACACUCACACACUCACUCACACACUCAGACACUCACACAUUCACACACUCACACA